AUGGCAUCAUCUGUGGACGACGAGCGACCAACUCCGGUCGAUGUUCAGCGACUCUCCACAAUUUGGGAGAAUCACGGUACGAUACAUGUCAUGGGUGACAGCACCAACCAGUCGGAAACCACCGUACCAGAUCCAACACCGGACCCAACUUCUAUCGAGCCACCAAGCCCUAGCUCAAGCAGCACCGAAGUAGACGAGAAGUUCGAGGCCGGCGGCAGAUCAGACAAAGCAUCAGCGACGGCAUCAGUAACCGAGAUUGAAGAUAUCAACAAUUCACGCCCACCAGAACCCCCAUAUCAUGUGUUCACAAAAAAGGAGAAGUGGCUGGUCACGGUCAUAAUCGCAGUGGCGGGCCUUUUCUCUCCUCUUUCCAGCAAUAUCUACUUUCCGGCUUUGGGGGCCAUUGCCAAUGCUGUUCAUAUCGAUAUCGCGCUUGUAUCCUUGACUGUAACCAUCUACAUGGCAGUGCAAGCGUUCGCACCAUCAUUCUGGGGUCCCCUCAGUGACACGUGCGGACGCCGUGUCACUUUCAUCGGGACAUUUGUUGUUUUCCUCAUCGCCAACAUCGGGUUGGCUUUCAGCAAGAAUUUUGCAAUGCUGAUGGUAUUUCGGGCCAUCCAAGCGGCUGGUAGCGCUGCUACUAUCUCCGUCGGAGGGGGUGUCCUUGGUGACAUUACGACAGCAAAGGAACGUGGUGGUUAUAUGGCGGGAUUUAGCGCAGUCCGCAUGUUUGGCCUAUCAAUGGGCCCAGUCAUCGGAGGCAUCAUCACCGAGUAUCUCGGGUUCCACGCCAUCUUCUGGUUUCUCUUCAUCCUCGGUAGCAUCACGCUAGCCGCGAUCUUGCUCUUCCUCCCCGAAACCCUCCGUCGCAUCGCCGGAAACGGCACCGUCCCACUCGAGGGCAUCCACCGUCCCUUCUUCGACCGUCAGCUCCGACAGCGCUACUGGAAAGAAAGAGACGCGACCACGGAAGACGACAUCACCGCGCCGCCGCCCAAGCUGACCUGCUCGACCUUCGUCGCCUCCUUCCGCUUCAUGGCCGAAAAGGACGUCAUCGUCACCCUCUUCUUCGGCGCCAUCGUCUACACAGUCUGGAGCAUGGUGACCUCCUCCACCCAUGCCUUAUUCCAGCCGCGCUUCGGCCUCAGCAACCUGCAGACUGGUCUGAUCUUCAUCCCCAACGGCGUCGGCUGCAUCUGCGGGUCCUUGCUUUCGGGAAAAAUCAUGGACCGCGACUACAAGAUCGUCGAGACCAGCUACCGCGCCUCCCACCACCUUUCGGGCUCCGUCGAGAUCAACCGCAAGAAACUGGCCGAUUUCCCCAUCUCGCGCGCCCGCCUGCGUUCGUCGCUGUACUUCGUCAUCCCUUUUUUCUUCAUCGCCUUCACCCACAUGGGUUUGUUCAAUCUGAACAGCACCCUGAUGGUCGACCUCUACCCGGGAGCCAGCGCGAGCGCGUCGGCGGUUAAUAAUCUUGUGAGAUGUCUGAUUGGGGCGGUUGGCGUGGCGCUGGUGCAGUUCAUUAUCAAUGCGAUUGGCGCGGGAUUGACGUUCCUUAUAUUUGCUAUUGUUACUGCGGCUUUUAUGCCGUUGCUGUGGCUGGAGUGGAGGUUUGGGGAGCGCUGGCGGAGAGAAAGGAUGGAAAGGUUGGAGAGGGAGAAGGCGGAGAAGCGGGCGGGUGAGGGUGGAGAGUCCGCGAGGGCGUAA